UAUUUGGAUUUGAAGUCGACAGCAGAAAUGCCCGAGCAGAAGCCCGCUCCCAAGAAGGGUGCUAAGAAAGCGCUGCCGAAACCAUCAGGCAAGUCUGGCAAGAAGCGCAGGAGGCUGAGGAAGGAGAGUUACUCCAUCUAUAUCUACAAAGUGAUGAAGCAGGUUCAUCCCGACACCGGCAUCUCCUCCAAGGCUAUGAGCAUCAUGAACUCGUUCGUGAACGAUAUUUUCGAGCGCAUCGCUGGCGAGGCCUCCCGCCUAGCCCAUUACAACAAGCGUUCGACCAUCAGCUCUCGGGAGAUCCAGACCGCAGUGCGCCUGCUGCUGCCCGGGGAGCUGGCCAAGCACGCCGUGUCGGAAGGGACAAAGGCAGUGACCAAGUACACCAGCUCCAAGUGAAGAGUGCCGCCAAAACAAACUGAAACCCCAAAGGCUCUUUUAAGAGCCACUCAAUGUUUCAUUAAUAGAGCUGUAAUUUUUUGUCAUAAUCUCUGAAUUCAAUUGCAAUGCCAGGCGUUUCUUUCACCAAUAAUUUGUCUAAACUCCAGCAGUAGUUUGAGAUCAGCAACUCGUUCAUAAAAUGAUGCAGUUCACUCAAUGACCGGGGGCAGCAACUGUAAUUCGAAAUUUGUUCUGAGUAGAGAUAUAAUGAAAUCCCCAGACACGUCUGCAAUUGUAGCUACACUCAAACAUUAGAUGUGGCUGACCAGUAAUGGGUUUAUGCGGAGAACUGGUCGACAAGCAAAUCUGCAAUGAUUUGACUAAACGAAGGAUUUUUGGCGGGCUGAUAUCAAGUUACAGUUUGUUUUCGGCGGGUAAGCAGUUACUUCCGCGCUUUUGAUUUUGAUUGGCAAAUAAGUCGACUCUCACUGGUUUGUUCGCUCUGUUCAAUCAUAAACGUCUCACUGCAUCCCAGAGGAGAUAGAAGAAGGUUGAGACCCGGAAGUGUUUCCUCAUUCUCUGUGUUUCGCUGAGCGUGUUGAGAUGAAUGGACGAAAAAAAGCCGGCUGUUAAACUCGUCCCGGGUCGGUCUGCAGUUCCCAGUAGGCCGAGUUAAGAGGCUCUUGAGAAAGGGCAACUAUGCUGAGCGAGUGAGUGUCGGAGUCCCGGCCCAUCUGCCUGCUGCGCUCGAGGAUCUGAUGGCGCAAGUUUUUGAGGUCGCUGGCAACGCGGAGAAUAUAAAGACCCGCGUCAUCCCCAGACAUCUGUAACAGGCUGUCCGCAACGACGAGGAGCUCCACAAAGCUGCUGGGAGAGGAGACCACAGCCCAGAGUGGGAUUUUACCAGGCUGUGCUGUUGCCCAAGAAAUCCGGCGGUGCCAGCAAGUGAAGCGACAGAAUGUUAACUCUGUUACGCAAAGGCUCUUUUCAGAGCCACUCACAGGGUCUGUGAAGGGGCUGCCUGGCUAUAACAU